ACGAUAGAACAUACCUUAUUGUUCUUCUGUCUCUCAAACGGCUGUCUCUCUCUCUUUCUCUCUCUCUCCUUCCUGCUCUUUUUAUAUUCACAUCAGCCUUUUUCCAAGAAAAUUGCACACAACAAACUUUUCUCUGAUUGCUUGUGUUUUACUCUCUCUCUUUCUCUUUCUGUCUCUCGUUUCUUUCGUUGUUUAGUCAAGAAAUCAUGUCUGGUGUUGCGGAUGGAGAAAGUGUCUCUCUUGAUCUUCUCAAGAAGAAGAUGGAUGAUUUUGCCAAAGAACGCAACUGGGAACGCUUUCACAGCCCCAGAAACCUCCUUUUGGCUAUGGUGGGUGAAGUGGGAGAACUGAGUGAGAUAUUUCAAUGGAAAGGAGAGGUAGCAAAGGGAUUGCCUGAUUGGAAAGAAGAGGAAAAAGUACACCUUGGGGAAGAGCUCUCUGACGUUUUGCUCUAUCUCAUCAGGCUCUCUGACAUGUGCGGCGUGGAUUUGGGAAAAGCCGCUCUCCGUAAGGUUGAACUUAACGCCAUUAAGUACCCAGCUCCAUCAGACAAAAACAAUAAUGCCGCCAAUGAUAGUGUUUGAUGAUUUCAUUCGUCUCUUUUAUCACCUGAGGUGAUAUAGAAUCUAAUAAGCAAUAAUAAAACAGUUGACUAGGAUGGUUUCGAUUUUGUGAUGGAGACUAAUAGUUUUUUAGACAGCGUUGGGCAUUAUUCACAGACUUUAAGGCACUGUAAUUAGCUGAAUCGUAUGUGAGAAAUGGGUUCAUGAUAUCGUAAAACAGCUUGCUUUUUCAGUAUAA